AUGGAGGCAAUGUUGCAACAGCACAAAGAUACUUUGGCAGAGGUUCAAAAGUUGAAAUUCCAGGCAUUGCUGCGGGAAUUGAAUGUUAAGUCUGACAUUGAGCAUGCAACACUCCCAGAGGUGGAAGAAGCCGCUCAGCGUCUGAUCCAAUGGUCUCAAAAUCGUGGACAUGUUCUCGUGGAAGAAAACUUGCGGGAAUUGCAGGACCUAAUGCUGGAGUAUGCAGAUUGGUUGCAUGUGGAAGAACAUGAAAGCGCUUGUCUUUUUCUCUCAAAGUUUCUAUACCUCCUCAUGCUGCUUGGGGCAAAACAGGUGUCUCCUCAAGAUGUUUCUCUUUUCGAAGCUGAACGAAAAAUAGAGGACAUAGCCGUCAAUGCUUCUGCACGAUAUGCAACACGUUUGAACAUGAUUGCAAGAGAUCUGGAAGGGCUCCUGGGAAAAGAACCCACGCUGCGAGAUGCAAUUCAGAAUCAAGCGUCCAAAGUGACUCAGCAAGUUCCAUACAAGCUUAUGAGAAAUUGGAGCAAUGCAGUGCUGCACCUCAUUGUCCAGAACUUGAUACCAAGCACAAAAAGAAACGAAAGAUGA